AUGCCGUCGACCCUUUCGGCGAAUGCCGAAAACAUGUCCAACGGCAAACCUCGGUCCGCCAGGGACGCCAAUCCCAAGCAUGACUUCUUCUGGACCUACACCGAGGAGCCGCACCGGACGCGCCGGCUUGCCAUCAUCAAGGCCCAUCCCGAGGUCACCAAGCUCUGCGGUCCCGAACCCCUCACCAAGUAUGUCGUCGCCGCCGUCGUCGCCAUGCAGGUCUUCUGGGCCUGGUACCUCCAGCAAACGCCCUUCUGGUCUCUCAAGCUCUGGGCCGUCGCCUACGUCUUUGGCGCCACGGCCAACCAGAACCUCUUCCUCGCCAUCCACGAGAUCUCGCACAACCUUGCCUUCAAGAGCCCGAGAGCGAACCGCUUUUUCGCCAUCUUUGCGAAUCUCCCCAUCGGCAUUCCCUACAGCGCCUCUUUCCGGCCCUACCACCUGACUCAUCACAAGUCUCUCGGCGUCGACGGUCUCGACACCGAUCUUCCCACGGCCUUUGAGGCCUUCAUGCUCGACUCGAUCCUCGGCAAGUGCUUCUUCUGCACCUUUCAGAUCUUCUUCUACGCCAUCCGCCCCAUGGCCGUCUACCGUAUCCCUCUCACCUUCAUCCACGCCGUCAACGUGGUCGUCCAGGUCGCCUUUGACCUUGUUCUCAUACAUUUCACCUCGCCGCACGCGUUCCUCUAUCUCCUUCUCUCCUCCUUCCUCGCCGGCAGUCUACACCCCCUUGCCGGCCACUUCAUCGCCGAGCACUACGUCUAUGAGACCGUCACCCCGACCCAGCUUGACCCGGACAACAAGGUCCCCGUUCCCGAGACCUUUUCCUACUACGGGCCCCUCAACUGGCUCACCUACAACGUCGGCUUGCACAACGAGCACCACGACUUCCCCGCCGUCCCCUGGACCCGCCUUCCCGCCCUCUACGAAAUCGCAAAGGAAUUCUACGAGCCCCUGCCUCGGCACGAGAGCUGGUCCUACGCCAUCUGGCGCUUCAUCUGGGACGACAACGUUGGCAUCAAUUGUCGCGUCAAGCGCAAGAACGGCGGUCGCAUCGUCGGCGGUGUCGUUCAUUGGAAGGAGUCGGAAAUUCAGGCCUAA